AACCAAAAACAGUACAGCCUAAAAAACAUGAGAUCAAAGGACUCUUCAUAAUGCUUUAAGUACUGCAUGCUUGGAAAAAAAAGAAGCUAAAUACAAUAAACCAUGAAAACCUCACAUCCUCUUUCCCUCUUCUGUAUCCUUUUCGCCGCCGUUCUCCUCCACCUCCGCCUUGUCCCGUCGUUUGCUCUCCUCGACCCUACCAUGUUUUCAUCAGUUGCCAUCGUUCCUAAUGCUGCCGCUCCUCAACCUCUAAAUCCUGGAUUUGUCUCUGCUGACACAGACUAUAUUCGCUCGAGUUGUAAAACCACCAUGUAUCCUGCUACCUGCUACCAUUCACUUAAUCACUAUGCCACUGCAGUACAACAAGACCCUGCUCGACUAGCUCGUGUAGCCGUCGGAGUCAGCCUAGCCAAAGCCAAGCGCAUUGCAGCUUUCCUUUCCAACCAAUCACGCGAAGCUGACUAUGGAGCGCAACCACGAGUUGUAGCUGCGCUCCAUGAUUGCUUCUCAGUUUUUGGUGACACCAUCGAUCAAAUACGUGAUUCAUUGAGUCAGAUGCGUAAGCUCGGUGGCUCCAGCGAGUCGUUGAGGUUUCAGAUGAGUAACGUUCAGACAUGGAUG